AUGCAGCCCCCAAUGACCCAAGUCUUGCAAGGCACCAGGUACAUCAACCGAUAUGGGACGAGGACUCCUACGUCCAAAGUCUUACCAGGCACCAAAGAGUUCAGCAACCCGAAUGGGAAGAGGAUUCGGGAACCCCAAGUCGCCAAAAGAUCAACUGCCCCAAAGGCAAAAUCGUCCCGGACUGAGUAUGACCAGCACGAUGUCCACUCGCACCCGCAACACCCGCAGCACGCACCAAACCGGGCAUCAAAGGACGGACGAGAUGAACAAGAGAGCAUCAUCGAAAAGAUCGAAUCGGAAAACCCCAAAGCGCCACUCGGCAGCCCCUCGAACAGCGAAACUGCCAAUGACGUCGACCCGAAUGGCCUGUGGCCCAACGGGCAUAAGACACAACGUGUGAUGUUUGAUUAUUUCAAACGCGCGAUCAAACGCGCCCGAAGAACAACUCCCCUGCAAGAAUCGAAUCACAAUCUCCCCAAUGGCGCCAACCUCCUCAUACAACUCACCGGGGCUGAGAGACCUGUGCAGCUGAAGAAAGAUCAUUUCAGCGGUGUCAUCCGCAAGCGAACCAUGAUGGAUGAUAUGUAUGAUCGAGUCAAGGAGGAAGACCCGGAGAAAUUCCGCCAGUACAGCAAAAACUACCACAAUGCUCGGAUGAAUUCAAACGCAAACCAAGGCGAUGAUGAGGACGACGCCGACGAGGAGGAAGACACGACGGACGAGGUUAAGAAGGAGUCGAAAGAGGACUGA